UGCAAUGAAAUGCCCGCUUCAAUCAAACAAACAAGUCUCACCAACACGUAACACGCAACACGCAACACGCAACACGCAACACGCAACACGCAAGAGGGCAGAAGCAGGCCGGCCGAUAGGCACAUAUGUACAGUAUGUCUAUUCGCCCGGCAUUCGUGUCUCCGCCAGCCAAUGCAAAUGGACCGAUGAGAUCAGUCGCACACACAUACGGCACGGCCUCAGCACCAGCACCAACACCAAGACAGAGAUGAGUGCAGGGCAGGUAUGGCGGCAGGGAGUGAAGGGGCGCAGAGAAGACAGUCAGGCAGACCGCACCGCACCGCACACCCACGCCGACGACCACAACUCCCUCCCCGAAAAGUCACUAGAGAAAACACAACACACCCCAUGCAAUUCUGGCUGGACUGGACGGAGGUGCCCAAGUUGGGCCGCAACCGUCAAAUCCAGUGAAUAAUGAGACCCACUACACUGGCCAGCCACGGCAAUCACUCGACAGACAGAACCGCCGAUAUAUGCCGUCACGGUUGGCUGCAGUGCACAAGGCGAGUCAAGUCGUCUUCAAACACACACAUACACCACUCACACCCACAACCGACACACAGCGUCAUGAAAGGGACAGAAUCGACCCACACAGAUCGAGACCUCACGCACACAUCGCAUCGCAUUCGGACCUAGGAAAAUAACUAAAGAUGACUGCGCUCUCGACAGCCCGAUGAGUUAGUAGUCAGAAUUGUAUUGAGAGGCAGCACUGGACACCAUGGCGACUUGGAUGAUAACAAUGAUGAGCACCAGGAUGAGCGUGACGCUGGCCGAGAUGAGGCAGCGCCAGGCCCACUUGCGCCUCUCCGACCCCUCCGGGGCGUCCAUGUUGAAGCAGAAGGCAAUGCACCCGACGAUGGGGAAGAAUAUCGACAGAAUGCACGACACCUGACAUCAACAUACCACACACACGGGGAGGGCAACGUAUGGGCGACUGACUGACUGACUGGCUGUUUCUCCCUGCCUGCCUGCUCGUCCAGAUAAGUCACCCACCUGUGCGCAGCCGAGCAUACACGCCUCAUCGUCGUAUCGGCGAUCCACCACCACUGCCUGCGGGACGUGAAUGACGUGUGCACCACCCCCAUACUGUGCCGGAAUAGCCUGUGGCUGGACGUACUGCGGCUGCUGAACGUACUGCGGCUGAUCACCGCCCUCCGGCUUCCCAGCUGUGUUUGUCGCUUCCAGCGGCUGGCCGACAACAACCGGCUGCACUUCGUAUGCCGGUGCAGUGGCGGGGACUACGUUCAUGGUGUGGUCGCUUUGGGUCAUGACGUGGCGGACGAAGAUCUGGUUGAUUUGGCGGAGGUUUCGCUGAAGGAAGUACCGUGAGGAAGGAGGUAUCAGCACCGACCGAAGAAGGGAGGGGAGGGGAGAUGAGAGAGGGAGGGAGGGACAAGACGGGGAGGGAGGGAGAGGGGAAAUGGAGGGGAAGGGUUU